UGCAAGUUUCAAGCUAACCUUGCUUAGUCCGCCAUAUUUUAUUUCACAGUAAGGGAAAAUCACAAAAUUAUCGUUUUUAAAAAUGUGAAAUAGUGCAAGAUAUAAUUUUAUACGUUCAAGUAAUAAUGGCAAAACAAAACGACAUUAAUUUCUACGUUUCUUCGUCUUCAAUGGAACAUGAUUCUGAAAAGUCUUUUGUGAAGAAAGUAAAAUCACGCGUUUCUGACCUCAUUCCGGCUUCUAUAAGCAAGUGGUUUGGCAGUGAGGAUAAUUCUGGACGAUCCAGGGAAGAUGAUGGUGAUAUCUAUCAAGUCGAACCACCAUUGAAACGAGCCAGGAUCCCAUCUAGGGAAAAAAUUGAAAAUAGUUUGUCAAACAACUUCUCCACAACUACUCCACACAUACACUAUGCACCAGUUAGUGGUUUGGAUGUUAUAAGUGACAAUUGUGUUAGCGUUAAUAAUAAAAAGGCUUCCAAGCGUAUGCUUAAUAGUUUGUCUGAGCCGGAAGCAGGUCCUUCAGGUAUCAAGUCAAGGAAAUUGUUAAUUUCUAGUGGUGUUACAGUGCAAACAGAUCAGAGAAAGCUUACUGAAACUAAUAUAAACGGUGACAAGAAUUCUGAUAGUGAUGAAUCUACAAGUGAUUACUCCUCGAUGGCUAGAAAUGGUAGUAGAGAAGCCACUAUAAGUAAAAAACCUCACAUAGAGGAGUUCAAGUCUCAUGAUUCUAAUCCAAGCCGGGAAAUAAGAGAAAGAUCAGUAAUUAGCCAAACUCGAUCGCUGUUCAGUGAGAGAGGUGUCAGUCCACAUUCUAACUCUUCCCUUAGUUCUCGAAGGCCAUCAUUCAACGCUUCUACCUUUGGCUCCCCAGAUUUUGUGGACAGAACCCUGACAACCAAAAGAAUAAUACAUUCACCAUUUUACGGUGGCCGUACAACAUACGGAGGGGCAUCUGCCUAUUCUCAUAGACUGAAGAAAAACGCCGAUAUUAAGAAUUCUCUUCGAAACGCAUUUGAAGUGAAACCAGCUAACGAAUCUGUAAAAACCGAGAAUGCCACAUUAAGCAAAACGGCCAGGCGAAUUUUGGACACUCUAGAACAGUAUACGACACCCGUUUCGGAGGCCAAGAAAAUACCGAACCCUUCGUUACGAAGGGGUACUACAAAGAGGGAUGGCCUUUUAUCAAAAUAUACAGGAGCAAAUCCUUACUUUGUACGCGAACCUAAAAACACACCUUCAAGUAAGGAACUUCAAGUUCCCACAGUCCCUGAUUUAUUAAAAAUGAAAUUAAAAGAAAAACUACAAGAUAGUACUGUUGCUGUGAGACAGAUAGCUGCUACUUCAAAGGCUGCUCAAAACGCAGAUGAAUACAAACUGAGAGAUAAAGACGACGAACAGGCAACAUCGAAACACGUGAACAAAAUGAGAAAUAAAGUGUCGAAUAUACGAAAACGAACAACCGACACAAUGGAACAGGAAAAGGUGGAGCAAGUAAAACUACCAGACAUUGCGUUACCCAUUACUACGUUGCCCAAGUUUGAUUUUGGCAUCUUACCCACCACGUCGGCAUCUGGGAUGGUAACAAAAGCAGUUACCACCACGUCAACGCGAGUAGUUACGAAAGAAACUGAAACUGAAACGGACGAGGGAACCAAAAGGGAAAAACAAGUCACGAAGAUAUCCAUCACCAACGAGUCAAAGAAGAUCACAAGCGAAGAACCGAAACUAUUCGAAGUGAAUGAUGCGCCAUUCAAAUUUGCAAAACCUGUUGUAUUGUUAUCGAAUAAUUUAAAGAGUAUAAUUGGCAGCAACGACUUCGUCUUUAGUAAGCCAUUGAACCAGAAAGAAGAAGUUCAAAAUAACUUCAAGUCCUCGUCCAGUAAAUACGAAUUAAAACGAAAAUCUCAGAGCGGAAUCAAUUUUCUUCAGACGGCGAAAAUGGACCUUAUGAGUGCAUUUAAACCAUCAGCCAACACUUGGGAAUGUAACGUAUGUCUAAUAAGAAACGUACAAGACAGAGACAAGUGUGCUGCAUGUCAGGCCGAAAGGGCAUCGAAACCGCUGCCUACUGCUACUGCUUCUAUAAAAAACCACGAUUUUGGUAACAAAUUUAAACUGACGUCGGAUGUCAGAAACAAGAAUAUGGACACAAAUUGUGUGGCAAGUACGACUCCAAAACCUAUUAUUGAAAAUUCUUUUUUGCAUACAACCAAUGAAGGUUUCGGAGACAAAUUUAAACCUCCAUCAGAUACAUGGGUGUGCGGUGUUUGUAUGAUUAGAAAUAAAAAUGACUUAGACAAAUGUGCGGCUUGUGAAUCGCCCAAUCCAAACGCGCCCAAAAAGUCAACUAGUUUUGCGGACGCAUUUAAAAUGAAAAAGGAUGAAUGGGAAUGCCCCAUUUGUAUGGUCAGAAAUCCAGAAACUAAAGGCAAGUGCGCAUGUUGCGAGACCCCUCGUCCAAAACUUCAAUCAACGGAUAAGUCAGUUUCUGAAAAUAAAAACACUAUGUCCACAUUCAAUUUUGGAAUUAAUGACGCUGUCGGCGUUGUCACAUCCAAAGGGUUUACGUUUGGCAUUCCUAAGGACUUGAGAGAGACAGAAAAGACAUCAAAGCAAGACUUCUCCUUUGGAGUACCUAAUGAGAAAAACGUGUCUGCUUCGGAUGAAACCAAGCCUGUGCUUUUCAAUGGGGCGACCAAUAACAACAAAAAGGACACAGAGACAUCGGAAUCGAAUAAUAAUUCUAAACCUACUUUUUGUUUCGGAAUUACGACUACAUCUUCUGUUGCCACCCCCUCAUCGAAAUCUGUUGUAAGUACAGCGAAUUCCACCGAAACAACGGUUACGAGUAGUACAACUAUCACCACCACUUCCAGUUUCGGUUUUACCACCAAGACGUUAGAAUCGUCAGCUCCUUCGUCUUUCGUUUUCGGCGCUUCUACAGUGAAAGAUUUUGAUUCGAAGGCGCCAACUGAAACUAACGUAAUUCCCACACCCAUAUUCAAACAUGUUCCAGAAAAAAAGUCGGAUUCUUCUGCCACUAUUACGUCGACGAUGUUUGCAAACAAGGCAGACUCUAGCACGACGAAAACGAAUACGGUCCCUGCUCCAGUACCCGGAUUGAGAAGCCCAGCAACAACAAACAAGCCGUCGUCUAUAUUCGGAACAUCGGCGAAGCCAGAUUCGAGCACAUCGAUAUUUGGGUCGCCAGCUCCUCCUAAGGUAGAAGUGCCGGCGCCUAUUUUUGGAUCGUCCACUUUUGGAAAACCAACACCAGUUGCAUUUGGAACAGCUAAACCGGACUCCAGUACAUCAUCAAUUUUUGGUAGCAACAACAGCACUGGAGAUACAGACAACAAACAAAAAACCGAUGCGGUUUUUAAAUUCGGUACAACACCAACUCAGGCAAUUUCAUUUGGUGGAGCCUCGUCUUCUUUUCAAACGACUCCGUUCAUUACGUCGUCUAUUCCUGCUCCUACUUUUAGAAUGCCUGUAACAUCUACGACCGACCAAGGAGCGUUUUGUUUUGGUCAAGAUACGUCUACGAAACCGUUUAAUUAUGGACAACAGCCACAGCAAACUACGGAAGUAACGAAACCUGCUGCAGGUUAUUCCUUCGAGCAACAAGGAAAUAAGCAGCAACAAGAACAAAAAUUCAAUUUUGGUAGCAACAGUACUUCGUCGGCAGGAUUUAGUUUUGGUGCAAGCAGUAAUCCAACGGUCGGUGGUCCUGGUUUUAAUUUCAAACCGAUGUUUGAUUCUUCACAGCAGCAGCAGCAGCAGCAACAAACUACUAGUAUAUUUGGAAAUAGUUCCGCUACAGCGGCGUCCUCGGUUGUUUCCCAACAGCCUCCUCAACUUUUACAGAACGGCGGAUUCAAUUUUGGAAACGUUCCACCCAAGGGAGGUUUUAAUUUUGCACCUCAAUCAGGACCAUCUGCUGCGCCUGGAGUAUUUAGCUUCGGUGGUACGGGUACUAACGCGGUUCCAGAAGCACCGGGAAAUAGUGGGGGUUUCAGUUUCGGAUCUACUCAGUUUAACGCAAAUGUAAAGCCCAAUUUCAAUUUCACUGGUGCUGUACCACCCACAUUUUCUGCAACCACCGAUCCAUCAUCGUCAGUACCAGCAGGACGGAAAAAGAUCAAAGCAGUUCGUCGAAAUCAGCAACGAUAGCUUAGGAGCUAAGGCCUCGGGCCGGGGACGAGACCUUAGUACAUAUUAUUGAAUAGUGAAGGUAAAAAAAACAGUGUUGUAUAUAUUGCUAUUAUUAUUACUUAUUAUGAUAUAAAUAAUACGCAAAAAAAUCGCGCAGCGCAGUCACUUAUUUUAAAAACAACAAUAUUUUGAAUGAGAAAAUUAUGAUUAUGUUUAAGUCCACAAAAGAUGUUUAUUUAGAUAGCCUUAAUUAAUUUGUAAUAUGAUUUUUAAAUAGAAAAAGUGGGUACGUUUUGUAGUAUGUAAGGAACGUGGAUGAUAGUGGAUGAAUUUAUAUAUACAUAUACAUAUAUAAAUAUAUAAAAAAACUGUAUUUGUAAAUAAAUCGACGUUUUUCAACCAUGGACUCUGAUUUGAUGGUAGAAUUACGUUUUUAUUUUUGGGAAUUACUAUUUAUUAGAGCUGCGAAUUCAUUAACUAAAAGAUUGUGUCGUGAUGGAAAAAGUGAGAUCUAUACUUGAUUAUUAAUUUAAUUUUCCGUUAUUAAGUCAGUACUUCAAACUCUAAUUAACUGAAUCAAAAAAAAAAAAGAAAGAAAUUAAUUAUAUGUAUUAGAUAUCUCUAAAUUUAUAUUUUUUUCAAGGGGCAUAGGGAGAUAAGUAUAGUACAACUACUCUUUGCGGCUCUAUUUAUACUUUUAGGAUUUAUACGUUUUGUUAAAAUACUAAGAUCCUGAAAGGUAUAGACAUUAAUUGUCAGAUUAAAAAAAAAAUCAGACACCUACCUAUACUUAAAAACAACGGUGGUGUGGUAAAUAAAUGGUAUUCGUUUUUUAACUAUGAUCUAGUAUUACAAAAAUUUUGAAAAUUAGAUUAUAUAAGAACAUUUGAAGUUUCUAAAAUUAAUUGUUUUAUACAUAUACCGCAGUAAAAAAAAAAAAUAAGAAAAAUUAUGUACUUAUAAAUAAAAUGUAUUAUACAGCUUAUAAAAUUUAUUGGAAAGCUUUGAUGUGCUAAAUAAUAGUAAAUUAUCAGGUAAAUCGAUGUUUUUCAUUAUUGUUUAUUACUUAAUAGGAAUUGAUUUAGAUGUUUACAAUGCCCGAAAAACUUAUAUGUACAUUAAUAGGUGAAAGUCGAAGUUUGCGUUAGGUUUUCUCGGUUUUAUUAUAAAGGGAGGAACGAAACUUAAAAGGUACUGUGCCAUAGAUAUGGUUAUUUACUGUUGUUAAGGCAGGUGAAAUUUAACUUAAAUUAAUUUAUAAUUAUUACCACUAGAAAACACAAAAAGUUAGAGAAGAAGCAAGAAGCAUCCUCGAUUGAGAGAUAGAAUGUGCGCUUGCCGAGUUCGAUUCCAUAUCAAUGCAAUAAUUUUUCUUAUAAGAUUGUGAUGAUUAUAAAUUGAUCGAAUAUCAAUCACACGCUAUACUUAAAUGAGUGUGUGUACUUGUUUCCCUGUGCCCUUUCAACACGAGGUCUGAUAGGCAUGAAUAAAGUAUUUUUAAAUAAUUUCCAAUUUAGUAGUUUGCUUAUGUAAUUUUUACAGUCGUCUUGUUCUAGAAUUCAUUUUCAUUCGUGUGGAUUUUUAUUCGAAGAAAAAUGUUGACAACUAUUACGAAUUAAUCAAUCCAAAAGAGAAAAGAGAAUUCAGUUGACUCGACGAAUGAUAAAUUUAAGUUUUUUUUUUUUUAUUUUCUAGCUUGAAACACAUACAUUAUACUCUUAUUUUCCAAAGUAGUUGUGGCAAAUUGCUGUAUUAAAGAGAAUUAAUAAUAAUUAAUCUUAGUAAUAGUUGUAAUAAUAAUGAUAAUUGUUAAUUAAAUGUAGCCGCUUAUAUUUACAAACGGUCUGAUCCAUAGAAUUGUAGAAUUUUAUAUUGAUAAAUAUUGGGAUGAUGAGUAAUUUCAUCUGUUAUAAGGUGCGAUAGUUUAUUUUAGAAAUUUGGAAUAUAAUAUACAAAAUAUAUAAAUAUUGCUAUGUAAUAUUUAUAUAAUUCGCCGUAUUGGCUGUUCUUACUGUGAUAUUCUCAUGGGUCAGGCCUCCCCCAUUACGUAAUAUUAGAUCGGUUAUUAUUACUAUGAUAAUGAAAAAACUAAUAAUAACGAUAAAAAGAUACACUCACACAGGCAAAAGUAUUACAGAAGGUGGGAGUAAAUAUCUUUUUUAGCGAUGAAUGGUUAAGGGAGAGGAAAAGUGACGUGAAAGGGUAACAUAAAACAAUAAACGAAAUUGUUACCUAUUUAUAUUUUUGACUAUAUCUGAAUCUGAAGUUUGAAAGUAGAAGUUAACUGUCUGUUCUAUGAUAACAAAACUGUUAAAGAGUUACGUGCUGAGGUUUUGUCUGUGUCGAUGUAUUUUUUUGAAAGUAGGCUCACUCCUUAAGUUCCUCCAAACAAAAGAAGAAAAAAGAAAAGAUGUUUAAUUUGUAUCUAGUUUUUCCUCAUCUUAUUUUUUUAUUAUUUGUAAAUACCAUGCUUAUACACACGAUCAACAACACAACUAUUUUUAUAUAAUUCUUGUUUUCAUCAGAGACAUAUUUUUCGAAUACGUACAUAUUUUUUAAACGUUAAGUUGCAAUACUUUAGGUGUAAAAACAGUAGUACCUGUUGAUGCUGUACAUUAUUAUCUGGGUUUUCGUUUAAUAUUUGAAAUUGAAUGUGCUCCUUAAUGCAGCUUCUUAAUGUAGUCGUCUUUUUCGCGCGAUGAUGCACUUGUUAGAAAAUCAAAAAAAUAAUAGAAAACCUUUAUUGCUCAGUAAACAUCCACUAGAUCACCUUUUCCUUUUUAAAUGUGAACUCGACAACUAUAAUAAUUUGUAAUAAACAACGCCAUGGGGCAAUCGGCUCCGCAAGAAAUUUACUCAUAUUUUUAGGAAAUACUUCAUUGAUUUAGAAAAAGAAGGACUCUUGUUACAAUAGCAGCUGAUGAUGUGUAACAUUUAAUCUUAGUAACAAAAUUUUCGUAAAAAUAUUACGCCAGGUAUUGAUUGAACUGAUUUUACAUAUUUAGUAUUAAUUUUUCAUAACGUAUUUAGAAAAAUUGCAUGAGUGUUCAAAGCUAGUAGUUUAAUAUCAGCAUAACGAGCGGUUGACAGUCAUGUCUUCUUUCUUUUUCUUCAAGCCCUAACAAAACUGAAUAGUGCGCACUUCUACUUCCUUGCUUCCGUCGAAUGAAAUUAUUCCCAUACCCUAGCGAUAAAAUAUUACACAUCGAAAAAAAAAUGUACUAAUUUUGAUUCAAAUUUAAUGUGUUAUUGAUAGUAUCAAAAUCUUGCCUAAAGAAGAUAUAGUCUUUUUUUUUUUCGAAAGUCAGCUAGUUUAAAAUUUUCAGAUAUCUACAAUUUUGGUAUCUUGAUAAGAAGCUUGCGAGGUCUUAAAUUAAUUUCAGUUUAAAAAACUAGUAACAAUUAUGAUUGAUUCCUUACGAGAUGUAUAUAAUUAUGUAGUUUAAUAACAGCUGAAAUCGUAUGAAUGUUAAAAAAAUACACAUGUAAUAUUGUAAGUCAAUGAAUACUAAUUAUAUUUAAAUUCAUGGUUAUUUUUCUUAGUUCUAUUUUAAGUGUCAAUUGAAUGUUUUUUCUUUUAUAAAAAGUUCUAAAUACCUAUCUUCAUCCUUACUAUUGCUUAAGGAUUUUUUGCUAUAUAAUAUAAAACGUUAUACAUAUGUACCAAACGAACUGAAUACCUUCUCUAAUAAUAUUUUUGUGAUGUUUUAAAUUGAUUUAUACUUAAGUGAGAUGAGUAGAUGUGCUAUUGAAUUUAGUUUGAUAUCAAUGUUUCUAAAAAAUAUUUGUGUUGUAACAUUGUUGAGAGGCUGUAUCCGAAGCCAAGUGAAAAGGAGUUAGACUGCUUGUGUAAAUAGUAAACAAAAAAAACUACUUUUGAGUAAAUGGCUAUUUUUAGCUGAAGAUUUCAUUUGUACCUACUUUAUAAACUUUUUUGUUAAUUAAUUAACUGCUCGCAACAUGGAAUUUUCAGCAUGUUUGUGCCUUUUUAUUUUUUUUUUAUUUAUUUUUAUUCGUCUCUGUUACUACUUGAACAUAAAUAUGUAUUUUGGGGCCUAGUCCAAUUUUAUAAUGAAUAUUCUGGUUUUGUUUUUUCGUUUUUAUUACCAUUAUUAUGUAAAUCUACAUACCACGCUCCUACGAUCACAACCAUGCAGCAUUCCUUAUAAAAACUGUUGUAGUAUUUCAUGUUUUAAUUUUUUUCAUAGUGAAGUUUGAAUUGAUAAUUUGUGUUAAUGACAUUACAGGAAUUUACUGUUAUUAACUACAAAGUUUCCUUCUAAAAUUGGCCAUUGAAGACGCAAACUAAAUGUAUUAAGGAUAUAAUUGAAUAAAAGUUUCGAAAUAUGUCCCGA